CCGGCCCGCACUCCGUGGGUAGCUGCUCGGCGCGCUCCCGGCCCAGCAUCUUUUUCCGGCACCGAGGACGCAACAGUGACGGCCUUGACCCGCUUGGCAUUGGGUGGGCGGCAUCUCGGCGCCCACAUGAGCCAAUGGCAUCCUGUCCGCAGUGGCUGGGGCCGGGGACGCGACUUUUCUGGACGUCCCUCAGCAAAGAGGAAGGGCGGAAACCGCAUCCCGGAAAGGUGGAAAGACUAUCUCCCAGUUGGACAGAGGAUGCCUGGGACUCGAUUCAUUGCUUUCAAAGUUCCUUUGCAAAAGAGUUUUGAAGCCAAACUUGCUCCAGAAGAACGCUUUUCUCCUCUAGAUCUUUUUAACAAAAUUCGAGAACAAAAUGAAGAACUUGGACUGAUUAUUGAUUUAACAUAUACUCAGCGCUAUUAUAAGUCAGAGGAUUUGCCAGAAACUAUUCCUUACCUAAAAAUUUUUACAGUUGGGCAUCAAGUGCCUGAUAACAACACUAUUUUUAAAUUCAAAUCUGCCGUUAGUGGAUUUUUGAAAGAAAAUAAAGACAAUGACAAACUUAUUGGUGUCCACUGUACACAUGGUUUAAACCGGACUGGCUACCUCAUCUGCAGAUAUUUGAUUGAUGUAGAAGGCAUGAGGCCAGAUGAUGCAAUUGAAUUAUUCAAUAGGUGCCGGGGACAUUGCAUAGAAAGACAAAACUACAUUGAAGACCUUCAGAAUGGUCCUAUCAGAAAGAAUUGGUCAAGUGAUUUUGAAGACUCAACACAUCUCAUGGAACCAGUUCACACCUCUAACAAGUCUGGUAACCAAGGAUCUAGGUUUAAUUUCCAUCGGACCUAUGGUUAUCCGAUGCCUUCCCGGCGUUUUCACACCCCACACUUUCAGCAGUCAUUCAGAAAAUUUUCACAAAGUCAGAAUGUUUACCAGAGAGGCCAUAUCCCUCCUCCUGGCCCCGCUGGAGAGGACUAUUCACAAAGGAGAUACUUUUGGAAUGUGAAGCCAAAUGGCAGUCAAGCAGUCCAGGAUAAGAGGUGGUGUCCUGGCAGUUAUCAGAGACUGUCCUAUCCAGCCCAUUGGGGAUGGACCGAGUGAUACAAAACCUGUCCCGGAUAUCUCCCUGGAGGCCAGAGCUGCACUGAAGAUAGCUGGAGUGACUUUUAAUAAAAUCAGGUCAAAUGAGGUUUUCAGGUCAAAUGAGGUUUUUGUUUGUUUUUUCAAAGUCUUGUUUUAUUGCUUCCUUACAUGUGUUCAGACUUUUAAAGGAAUUACAUUAAUAUUUACCUCUUUGCUGAUACAUUUACAGUAAUUACAGCAAUGCAAAAAACAAAACAAAAAAAAAACUGUCAUUCCAGUCUUAAAUUUUUCUAAAGGAAGAUGAUAUUUUAGAACUGAAGUAUUAAGAACUUCCCUUGCCAGUUAUUUUUUAAAAUUCUGUCUUCUUUCUAUGUAUUUUCUUCUGAUUAGACUUAUAACAUAAGUUUGUGUAUGUACAGAAUUUUUUAGUGUUUUUUGUCAUGUUCUUUUGACCCAGUCAUUAAGGGUAUCUUUUUUUCCAUAACUCUUCAAAAUUUCUAUUAAAAUUUACCUAGGAGAAAAUUUCUUUAGAAGCUAGUCACUAUCUGUAAUUAAUUGUGGUGUUUUUGUGAUUAGGCAUUUCUUUCUUUGGCAAUUAAUUAUGGGAUUUGACCAAACUUUCUUUCACCAAAUUGCCAGAUAAGCCAUCUAACACAGGGAUGGAUAAAAUUUGAAAGACUGAUUAUCAGUUGGGUGAGAGAGACUAAUUGAUAAACCAGAAUGCUGGUUAAUUAAAUCAAAUCAUUAUUUACCUUACAGGAUAAAUGUCAUGAACAGGGUAGAAUUAUCCAGAAAGCUUGGAAACUUUAUAGAUUAUAAAGGUUGUUUUUUGAAUGGAAUGGGGUGUGACCAUAAAUUGCCUGAGAUGUCUGGUAAAACUAUUGAUGUUAUUGCUCCUCUGUUAAACAUCCCUCUAGGAUUUUUCUCCAGUUGCCUCUCACUGGAGUGGUGCUUUACCUCAGGAACACACAGGUAGAUCAUUUGGGAGAAUGUUAAUUAUUUUUAGUUGCAGAGGAAGCCAGAAACCUUUGCUUGCCCAAGCAAGUGUCUCAUCAGUCAAUAUUUGAUGAAUACUAGGGCAACUUGGCUUCCUUUUUUAAAGCCUCUGGUUUUGAGGAUUUGUAUCAUAGAUUAUCUGAUACUGCACAUGAGGGAUAUUUUCUCUGUUUUCUCUUAUGUAUGAACAACAUGUGGAAUCUGAUCUUAAGGAAGUACUCUGCUUCAGCUGUUCGUACCUAUGUCUAGUUGGCUCAAUCAGGGUACUCUAUUUGAUCUAAGUAAUGGCUGAUAAAGUUUUUCUCUGCUCUCCACAUUUAACAGAGAUACAAAAGUCCUUCUUGCUACAAGCCUACUCUUGUAGAAUUGUUCCCCAGGAUACAUCCUGAAGGCUCACAUUGGAAGAAAUUGGAGCAAGACAACUGUGAGGCAAAGCAGAAUCAGCAGGGGUAGGUAUGGGAAUCCAGCUAGUCUCAUAGUUGUAAAGAAGGCCUUGGCAAGCAGCUUCAAAGGAAAACACUCCCAGUAGAAAGGGCCAUCAUAUAAGCUUUGCCUCCUUCAAAAAUUUUUAUUUAUUGUCCCUUUUGUAUCUCCCCAUUUUAGCUGUCAGCAUGACUUGUUAAAAAAAAAAAAAUACUAGUUAGGAUUUGAUAUCUCCUGUUUCAUUUAUUCUAUAACACACU